UCUCACGUGAGUUCAGUCGUCACUUCAGGUCUCACUUCACUCUCGCGUCUCCACUGCCUCACUGAAAAGGAAAAAUGUUGGCAGCUAAAACCCUAAUAAACCCAUCGCCAUCACUCAAGCUCCCAAACAACCUCUCCCUCCGCCGCAAACCUCCAUUUUCUGUCUCGAUCCGUAACUCUCUCUCCCAAUCCCCGUCGUCUCCUGAUCCCACUCCGGGGCAACUCCGAGUCGACAUCCUCGCCGAGUCUCUCCCCUUCAUCCAGAAAUUCCGAGGCAAGACCAUCGUCGUCAAGUAUGGCGGCGCCGCCAUGAAAUCCGAGUCCCUCCAGGCCUCCGUCGUCAACGACCUCGUCCUCCUCUCCUGCGUCGGCCUCAGGCCUAUCCUCGUCCACGGCGGCGGCCCCGAGAUCAACCUCUUGCUCCAGCGCCUCGGCAUCGAGGCGACCUUCGUCGACGGCCUCCGAGUCACCGACGCCAAAACAAUGGAGGUCGUAUCGAUGGUCCUUGUCGGAAAAGUCAACAAAAAUCUGGUCUCCUUAAUCGACCGGGCCGGCGCCAAGGCAAUCGGACUCUGCGGGAUGGACGGGCGGCUUGUCACGGCCCGGCCCGUUCCGAACGCCGCCAAAUUGGGAUUUGUCGGGGAAGUUGCGCGGGUGGACCCCGCCGCGCUGCGGUCCAACGUAGAGGCAGGGUACAUCCCGGUGAUUGCAUCCGUGGCGGCGGACGAGACCGGGCAGCAGUAUAACAUCAAUGCGGACACGGUGGCGGGGGAGCUGGCGGCGGCAGUGGGGGCGGAGAAGCUGAUCCUGCUGACCGACGUGGCGGGAAUUCUGGAGGAUCGAAAUGAUGUGUCGAGUUUGGUGAAGGAGAUUGAUAUCAAUGGAGUGAAGAAGAUGGUGGCGGAGGGGAAGAUCGGCGGCGGAAUGAUUCCGAAGGUGAGUUGCUGCGUGAGGUCGCUGGCGCAGGGUGUGAAGACUGCUAGCAUUGUUGAUGGGAGAGUGCCACAUUCUCUGUUGCUUGAGAUUUUGACUGAUGAAGGAGCUGGAACUAUGAUUACUGGAUGAUUAAACGUUAAUUAGUUGCUUAAGUACUGAAUGAUUAAAUGUUAAUUAGUUGCUUAAGUCCUUCUUCAAAUCCUUCCCUUCCCCUUAGUGUAGCAACGUCGAUUGUAAUAAACAACGAGGUUCAACAGUUAUGAAUUAUCUGUUGCUCUAA